UAGAAACAGGAAGCGCCGACUUCAAAGGGUGUGAUUUCACAAACAACUGCAGAUUUGUACUGAACCCACAUCCAUAGAGCUGUAAUUAGAAGAGAGUCAACGCCCAAAAUUGGUUUGAGAAAGACCAAAAACAGAUACAAGUACACAUGUCAGUACAAGUGUUUUUGUUCUGAAGUGAGCUGAAAAGUGAAGACAAUGGCGUCCAUGACUUUUAUGCCCUAUGUUGAUAAGGAGAAUGCUGGAUCCCUCGGAAUUCACUCGGGCAAGGGGCAACAGCGAGCAUCAUCUGGACUUGGAGUUGGAAAGGUUUUUGGAAGUUCUUCACAAAACCAGUUGGUGACACCCAGGAGGGCUUUAGGUGAUGUCAGCAAUCGUGGUCUAAGCUUAAACACCAAUUCACAAAGUUUGAAACAACAGAAGCCUGCUUUCAAACAACCUGCACCCCAACAGAAAAAAGGACUCAAAAUACAAGGAAACAAACCUAAUAACAAUACACAGUCCAAAUCUUUGACUAAGGAAAAACCUGUCCCCAUAGAGCCUCACUAUGAGGAAAUCGAACACAUGCAUAUUCCAACAGAAAUUGAAGAUGAUGAUUUCGAGGAUAUUUGGCCAAAGUCAGAAAGAAUUAGCACAUACAUAUCACAACUGAUCAGCUGGCGUCCACCCUGUCUGUUCAGUCACCUUCCCGAUUCGGGUGAUGAAACAGACGAAGAGGAAGAACGAAAGAAACGGAUGGAUAACUUGGACACUAUCCUACAAAAUAUGCCAGAACCUCCAUCUUCUGUUUGUGAUUUGCCAGAGCUGGGUGACGAGGAUUUACAUGUGCCAGAGCCAGAGAAUUCUGUUCCGUUCCCCUCCGAUGUGGAACUGUUUGAGAUCUCUUUACCUUUGGACGAUUCCAUAGACAUUCUUCCAAAUGUUGGACAACUACAAAUGCAUGACACGCCAUGAAUUAACAUCAUUUUGAUGCUGUUGUGGACUUAAAACAAAUUGUUGUGAUCUCUAAGUCAGAUAGAUUUCAGGAGCUAGACAGUGUUUAAAAUUUGUCUCAUUUCAUAUGUUUUCGUGGUUCUUGGGAGACAAAAUGAAAUAUUUAAAACACAUUUCAUUUCAGUUUGUGGCUCCAGGACCCAGAAACAAUUUUACAAGUGUUUGCUUGGCCAAUUAUCUAGGAUGACAUUAUCUGUGAUUGGCUGAGUCUUAAAUAAGACUUCAGAUUUUAACAUGAUCUUGAAGUCCGUUUUCAUUUAUGUAUAUAACCCAAACUGUGUGACCAUAUGAUUUGUAGUGAGAGAUUAGAUUACGCUCUAAAACUAGGAUUAAGUGACAUUAGUAUUUGUAUUGUUACAUUCCCUCUAGGAACACAGCUGAAAGCCACCCUGAUGUUCAUGAUAAAGAUUAAUAGUUUCUUGUGUUUUUUGGGGAGUAAUCAAAAUCUUUUUUUUUUUUAAAUUGAUAAUUUGGAUACCUUGUUCAUCUCCUUACUGGGAAAUCAUGUUUUACAUAGGGAGCGCGCAUUCAUAAAAGACAAAGAUGUCUUUAAAAUUUGAGACUGUCAACUUUCUGGGACAGUUACCAACCUGAUAUAGGACAGCAUUUGUUGGACAAACUUACAGGCCUCUCGCUACAGCUUUUAUGUCUUGCUAAUUAUUACGGUCAGUUAAAUAUUCCCUGUAAAUACACAUUAUGAAAAACCUAUCUAUGUCAUGGCAUGGUCUAGAAUCUCAUUGAUGAAACUGGAGCUUAUAAAGAUUAAUUAUGUGUUGGAUGUUGUAAUGAAGUUCAGAGUCAUCAUGCUUUUACAAUGUGAAAAAAAACACCCGUGUAUUUAGAAUUUAAAAACCCAGUGUACAUGAAAAUAUCCUCAUUUAGGGUAUACUGUUUUUAAGUGUUUUAUAUCUAGAAGUUAGGAACUGAAGGCUUUCCGCAAGACAUUGUUUAAAUGCGCAUAAUGCCUGUCUAAUGAAUAAAUACUUGUCUUUUAUGAAUUUGAAUAGAGAAUUCUGACUUUAUUCUUUUCAAAACCAUCAGGGUAAUUUGUCAAAUGUGAUACUAUCGAGAGUUACAGAGACCAUGGCUUGGAGACUUUGGUAAUCAGGUUGGUUUUUGAAGGACAAAUUCAGAUUUCACCAAUUCAUGCAGUAAUGAACAGGCUUUUAAUUGAUGUUUAACCUCUUUCCAAAAUUGUGAAAGAGUACAAAAAAUAGAGGUUUUACUUGUACAUGUGUGACUAGUUCAUUUUUUUUAACUAUGUACAAAGAUAUUUUGGAUUCUGCAUUUAGACUUGGGAAGGGGGUUAACAUAAUGAUACAUUAGUUAUGGAGAAAGUGUGAUUAAGUGUACUAGGAACCACGAAAUGCAAAUAGGGCAGCUAUACACACACUUCCAUAAAAUGAUUUUAAUGAGUCAUUUCAUGAUACCAUGUUCCAUUUCCUCAUAUCUGUCAUAUCUUUUGUCAUGUGUUUUAUAACAACAAUCGUCAAUUACCUGAACUUUGAUACAAGUAGAAGCAUCUGGUGAAUCUCCUGAUCAUUAGUUGUCUCACAUUUUAUCACAAACCAUUUUUGCUAUCAACGUGAAGUAACUAACAUUGAUGGGAGGGGGAGGGGGUGUUAGAAUUUAUCACAGGGAAACCAAACAAUGAUCUCCCAAGAAGGUCCUUUUGUCGGCUACCAUUGUAAAUAUAUCUUUUUAAUCAUGUCAAAUAUAAGCUUAUUAAAUUAAUGCUAGGAAAAUAGUUAGAGAGUGAAUCAGCAGUGCUCAUGAGAACAGCGGCAUAUUAGAAUAAAUAUUAUUUGAGAAAUAAAGAUUUUGAAAGAAAUAUCUUCAAAUAAUAAUAGUUACAAAGAUAGUGUACAAAUAGACAUUGUUCUAAUUUUGAGGAAUAUUUGACACUAUAGUAUUAAUUAGUAAACGCAUUGUUUUGGAUUACUUUAGACAGGGUUGAAGGUUGGUUAGGAUAUAUCAAAUAAACUUUAAAAUAGUCUUUGUCAGAGGGUCCCAGCUUUAUUAUGUAAAAUAAUCAAAUAUGCUAUUUUUAAUUGUUCUUUGUAUGUUUCUUGCAUUCAUAUUUUAUAAGUUUUUAAAGUAUGUAAAUAAAAUUAUUAAAAACAUACCAAUUUUGAA